GUAUUUUUAAGUAAAUCUCCUGGAUAUUUUCAUCGACUAUAGUAAUGCUCAUUCCAGUAAGAGUUUUUCAUAAAAAUCAUAUUGGAUUUAAAUUUUGGAGAGCACGUAUGCCAAUAGAAAGUAUUGUUUAAAACAUACUUAAUAAAGCUUUACAGCGAUAAAGUAUUUGAUUUUAUAUAUAGUACAUUUGUAUCAAGAUGUCUACAUCGACAACGGCAUUUUUGCCCUUGACAAUGGCACAAGCCCUUGAAAAAGAAACAAUUGCACCAACAAUUGAUUAUUCUAGUAUUCGUAGAAAAGAUAUAUUAGUUAGUCCAUCUGCAGAUCAAUACGAAUUACUUUUACAAAAGCUUAAAGAACGAAUUAAAAAUGGAGGUAGUGAAACUAUUUUUGAUAUUGGAAUUGGUGAAGAUGGUUCCGAAGAAGGAUUGAAAAUUGACGAGUAUGAGGCAUCUGUGGCUACGCUUCAAUCGCUUGCUGCAACCUUAGAAGCAGAUUGUGUUUUAUUAAGGCAGAAUAAAGUAGAUCAUAAAUUAACGGGACAAUAUUUGGUUCGUAAACGUCUUGAUCAACAAGAUUUCCUAGAAAUCAGGGUUGCUGUAGUUGGUAAUGUAGAUGCUGGAAAAUCAACAUUGCUUGGUGUGUUAACUCACGGAGAAUUAGAUAAUGGACGAGGAUUAGCACGUCAAAAAUUAUUUCGUCAUAAACAUGAAGCUGAAACUGGUAGAACUAGUUCAGUAGGAAAUGACAUACUUGGUUUCGACAGCGUUGGGAAUGUUGUCAAUAAACCAGAACAUGGCUCUUUAGAUUGGGUAAAAAUUUGUGAAAAAUCAUCCAAAGUAAUUACUUUUAUCGAUCUGGCUGGUCAUGAAAGAUAUUUAAAAACGACGGUAUUUGGAAUGACCGGGCAUGCGCCAGAUUUUGGUAUGCUUAUGGUCGGUGCUAAUGCAGGUAUUGUAGGCAUGACUAAGGAGCAUUUGGGAUUAGCUUUAGCUUUAUCAGUACCAGUUUUCGUGGUAGUGACGAAAAUCGAUAUGUGUCCACCGAACGUGUUGCAGGAAAAUUUGCGAUUAUUGAUUAGAAUUUUAAAAUCUCCUGGAUGUAGAAAAGUUCCGGUUACUGUAAAGACAUCGGAUGAUGUUGUAGUCAGUGCUACUAAUUUUGUUUCAGAGAGGCUAUGUCCCAUCUUUCAAGUGUCGAAUGUAAAUGGAGAAAAUCUGCAUCUUUUGAAAAUGUUCCUAAAUUUAUUAACUGCACGUAUUACUAGUCAUGAUAAUGAGCCUACAGAAUUUCAAAUUGAUGAUACAUAUUCCGUUCCUGGGGUAGGGACGGUUGUUUCUGGUACGACACUUAAAGGUGUUAUACGCCUGAAUGACAUAUUACUUCUUGGACCAGAUCCUCUUGGGCACUUCCAGCAAAUAGUUAUCAAAAGCAUUCACAGAAAAAGAAUGCCAGUUCAUGAAGUAAGGGGUGGACAAACGGCUAGUUUCGCUUUAAAAAAAAUCAAAAGGUCACAAAUUCGAAAAGGAAUGGUAAUGGUAUCGCCCACUUUAAAUCCACAAGCUUGUUGGGAAUUUAAAGGGGAAAUAUUGGUCCUGCACCACCCAACGACUAUUAGUUCUCGAUAUCAAGCAAUGGUUCAUUGUGGUAGUAUUCGACAAACAGCCUCAAUUUUAUCAAUGUCUCAAGAUUGUCUACGAACGGGAGACAAAGCUUUAGUGCAUUUUAGAUUUAUAAAACAUCCGGAAUACAUAAAGCCUGGACAACGUAUGGUCUUUAGAGAAGGACGAACUAAAGCAGUUGGCAACGUUCUACAAUUAAUACCACAAUCAGGAUCAAGUAGUAUAAACAACACUGCAAGGGGAAGCAAACCAAACAAAUCUCAACAAAAUCGACAAAAUACAAAUUCACAAGUUUUGGAAGAUGAUGCAAAAAACAGUAAUGACACUCAGACUGCCAAACGUGAAAAUACACCUCAAAAAUUAUCUACAAAUACUAUUAAAAAAGGUCGAACAAGAAAGGGAUGGGUACAAAAUAACAUUGGUAAUAUAGUUCAACCACUUUCGGAACAAAAUCCUCCUGCAAAUGUAUAAAAAAAAUGAAAAGAAAAAGAUUAUUUUUAAAUAUAUACAUA